AUGGCAGGAAUUACUGGAAUGAUAUACAACUCCCUCUUCCGACGGAAUACUACGUUCCUGAGUUCGAUAUUCAUCGGAGCCUUCGCGUUCGAGAUGGCAUUCGACUCUAUCAGCAACCGGAUAUUUGAUUCUCUGAACAAGGGUAGACAAUGGAAGGAUAUCCGACACCAGUACAUCCAGAAGGCUGAGGAUGAAGAAUAA